CCUUGAAUUUAAAACUAAACAAGUUUCUUCAACUAUAACUAAAAUUAAAAAUAAUACUUAUUCAGUAGUGCGUAAAUAUAUUUUUUUCUCUGCUGAGAGUGAAAGUGCAUCAAUCGUAUUUAUGGGCAUUGUUACAUAUGUAGCGAUUAGAUAAAAAAAGACAAUGGGAAUGGGUACGCAGCAAAACCUGGAUUACAAAUGUGGAUUAAGUCUGGACCUGCAGGUAGUUGCAAGGGCCGAAUUGAGGGAAGAUAUUAACACACGGGAACAGGCCUUAGAAAAAUUUCGAGAAUGGAUAGCAAAACAUCCUUCAAUCAAAAACUGUCGAACGGAUGCAGUUUUUCUUCUCAGGUUCCUCAGAACGAAGAAAUUCAGUCUACCACUAGCCGAAGAAAUGCUAGAGCGAUAUCUCACUAUGAGACAACUCUACCCUGACUGGUUUCAAAAUUUAGACAUUAAUGAUCCCGAUCUUGAGGCUAUUAUUGAUAGUGGAUACCUGGUUCCACUUGUGGAAAGGGAUGAACAUGGGCGAAAAGUAAUUCUAUCUUGUGCUGGACGUUUUGAUCCUUAUAAGUAUACCUCAGCACAAAUGGCACGGGCCCACAGCAUUGUGGUUGAAGCUCUUAUGGAUGAAGAAGAAAAUCAAGUUCAAGGAUACACACAUGUAAAUGACGAAUCUGGACUUACUAUGGGUCAUCUCAGUGCUUGGUCUUUAACAGACAUUCGAAACAUGCUAAGGUGUAUUCAAAAUACGACUCCAAUGCGUCACAAAGAAACCCAUUUAAUUAACAUCCCUAGUUGUGCAACCAAGAUCAUCGAGUUCGCUGUCUCUCUUCUCAAUGAAAAACUUAAGUCUCGUAUAUACAUUCACAAAAGUAUAGAUGAUCUCAAAAAGGCUGUCAAUCCGAAAAUUUUGCCAAAAGAAUAUGGCGGAAAAAUUCCCCUUUCGGAAAUGAUUGAUUCAUUCAAAAAAAUUUUACGAGCAAAAAGAGAAGAGCUGAAAGCACUGGAUGACAUGUACAUCGAACUAUCACCAAAGGAUACUUGUUCCACACAAAGUGAAGGUUUAGGUGGGAUUCCUGGCUCAUUUCGAAAACUAGAAGUAGAUUAAACAGCUACAUUCAAUUUAAUUUAUUUUUAAGACAGUUUUCAUGAAUAUGGAUAUUUCUUUUCUUUUGAACUCCUAAAAUCAUUAAAUAGUCAAGUCGCGAUACUUUAGACAUGUAUCUUCCAAUAAUAUUUGACACAUUUACAAGUUUUGCAUAUAAAAAAACUAGCUUAUUAUACUUAUUGACAUUUUUUACAUUGUUUUGAUAGAGUUUAUUUAUCAGAUUCAGUAUCAGGUUCUUUGGAAGUUGAUUGAAGCUUCGCAAUAUUUUUCUUUUGCGUCUGGGUUAAACACAAAUAUUCUAAAUGGUUGCCUCAGUUUUUGUUCGUAUUUUUCUUGUUUUAAGAGACGUAUUUUGUGUAUUAUUGUUAGUGUGAGAUAUAUUGAUAGAUUAAGUUUUGAUAUAUUUUUAUAACGAUUCUCAGAAACCAUUCUGCUGGUGGUAUCAGUUACCUUCUUUUAAUAAGACGUUAUUCACAAAAGUGCCUUACGUUAUAAAAAGCACUUACAAUUUAUAGCUGUAAUUAAACCAUAAAUAUACUAUAUAUAUUCAAGAAAUAAGUUUUGCACAGUCAAGAAUACAAGUACAUUACAGACGAUGGUGAUAGUAAAUAAUAUAGUAUUGUAAAUAAAGUACUUUCAACGAAAUGUCUAAAAUUACGGAAUUUUCCGCAAGACUAACCCCUUUUCCAGCUCAAUCAGGGCUCACGUUACGGAAAAUUCCAUAAUACUAGCCCUAGCGAUAUACUUGACCAGUUAGUUUUACGGGAAAUUCCGUAAUACUAGUCAGUGUCUAUUUUCAAUAUCAUUUUGAUCCAAAAUGCAAUUGAUUUCAAUUUUCAACUACUUAUUUUAUAAGGAGUCAUUUAAUUUUUUUUUAUUUUGAUUAUAUAUUUUCUGUGAAACUUUAUCACUCUAGGCUUUUUUUUUGUUUACGAAGACGUAUUUAAUCAGGUAAAUUUACAUUUUUUUAUCGUAUAUUUUUAGCCUCCAUGGUAACUUAGUUCAAGAAUUCUUUUUUAAUUUAAAUAAUAGCGAUUAAUUUUAUUCUUUUAUGUCAUGUAAAAAGAUUUGAACAAGCAAAAAUUAUUCAUAUUUUUGUGCAACAUAUGCGACGUUUAAAAUCUUUUUAAAAGAAAGAAGAACUAGUUCAUGCGAACUAUGAAUAGAUUAUUGCAUUGUUUUUAGAUUUUUAAGGCAAUUAUUCAUUUUGUACUAAUUAAAGUUAAACUACAUCGUUCAUUUUUAUUAAAAAUGCACCAAAAAUGAUGCAAAUAAUGAACAAACAGAUAUGAAAACAGAUACAUACAUAUUUGAAAAUUUUAGAUACAUUUUAAGAUCAUUAAGAUAUAAGUUAUAAUAUCUGAAAAUACGAGAACUGCGAAUGCAUUGAUUCUCAAAAUAAUUAAAUGCAGCAAACAUGAAUUUGAAGAAAAUAAAAAUAUUUAUAAUUGUUAGUUCCCUAAUAAAUUCAUUUUUAAUUAGACGGAAUCCCUUGUUUAACUUUUUAGAAAAUAUAUCUAAAAAAACAGCGUGGUUUGAUUAGUAGAGGGAACAUUUCAUUUUAAAAUAUUUGACGACUUCUAUAAAAAACUCUUUAUUAAAUUAUUUAUAUAUACAAGAAGAGAAAACUAUUUUGAGUGAAUUUCACAACUUUUUUAUUUACAUAGAUUUAGACUUCGACUUCAGGCUUUUUUCGUUUUAGAGAAUUAGAUAUAGCUUCUAACAAUUUGACAGCUGCAUCGUGCGAUACAAUUUUUUUGGUUCGGAAAUUUUUAACUGCUCUUUCAAGAUUCUGAAAUUCCUGUAAAAGGCAGUUGUAACGUUUCUGCAAACAAGAAAAUUUCGUUUUCCAUACCUUAAUAUUACACUGAGAAAUGCACAAAGCCUCUUUUAACUCCAUCAUGGACCUUUUGUCAUUCUGAAUAUUUUUUGAACUCUUCGGAUGAGCUGUUUUUUCUAGUCUGUGAGAAACGGAGAAUUAUAUAGAAGUAUAUGUAUUUGAAUUAUAAAGCGUAAAAAGUGUAAAUUUAGUAAACUAUAUAAUUUUAUAUUAAAAAGCUUAAAUUUACACAAUGUAAAAUGGAAUGCGCGUAACAUUAAUUUCACAAUAUAAAAACUUCCUAAUUAAACAUUAAUUCCAAAUGUAUUUAUAUAUUUCAAUUUAGCAACGUACCAUUUUUCAGCAUUUACUAAAAAAAAAUG